AGGAGCCGAUACCUAGUACUGUUUGUGGGGACGAGCUGCGCGCACGCAUUCUACCUCGCGCCAGACAGUAGCGCGCACGCGCGAAUUUCAAACCGUGUGUAUUAAGAGACCAGCGAGAUGAUGCUGGCCGGCGCCGAAAUCGUCAGCGAGGACAGUGUGGCCUACAAGAGCAAUGAAGAAGAGGUGACCGUUUCUAAACGGCCUCCGAACGAGCCUCCGAGCGAGCCUCCGACGGCCACAAUGAAAUCGUCAAAAGCAGAGCCUGUUGACAUAUACUUCUCGAAUAUCACGUGUACAGUUAAUCUGGGAUUUAAUAAAGGAUCGAAGCAGAUCUUGCACGGGGUGCACGGACGGCUACGCCCGCGUCAGCUGAUCGCCAUUAUGGGGCCGUCCGGCGCGGGCAAGUCCACAUUGCUGGACGUCCUGUCUGGGUACCGGAUCAGUGGUGUGGGGGGAGCGGUCUUCAUUAACGGGAGAGGCAGAAUCAUGAAGAAUUUCAAGAAGAUCUCAUGUUACAUUCAGCAAGACGACCGCCUGCAGGGCCUGCUGACGGUGGGGGAAAAUAUGGCCGUGGCAGCGGACCUCAAGCUGCCCACCACAAUGGACAAGUACGACAAAGGAGAAGUGAUCGAAGAAAUACUAACAAACUUGGGCUUGUAUGAGCACAUCAACACAAGAGGGUCACAGUUAUCCGGAGGCCAAAGGAAGAGGCUAUCGAUUGCUUUGGAACUCAUAAACAAUCCCCUAAUAAUGUUCCUAGACGAACCCACGACGGGUCUGGACAGCUCGUCGUGCAGCCAGGUGGUGCAGCUGUGCCGGUCGCUGGCGCACCAGGGGCGCACCAUCGUGUGCACCGUACACCAACCCUCCGCCUCAUUGUUCCAGCUAUUUGACCAGGUGUACGUGUUGGCCGCCGGACAAUGCCUCUACCAAGGCACCACUGCCAAUUUAGUACCCUACCUUGAUGAAGCUGGUGUUCCCUGCCCGAUUUAUCACAACCCUGCUGAUUACAUAAUCGAAUUAGCGUGUGGAGAAUAUGGUGAUGAUAAAAUUCAACUGCUAACGUCAAAAGCCGAGAACGGUCGUGCUCUAGAUUGGUUCCCGGAAUCUGACAGCAUUCCGACCAUGGAGGGUCUACGGAAACAGUUUCCUCUCAGCGUCCUGAGGGACCAGGAUCCGGGAAAUAAUACGGAAGAGACUUCCCAGUCCAACCAGAGAUCUGUACUCAUUAAGCGAGGAUUCUUGAAAGCUAAACGCGAUUCCACCAUGACACAUCUAAGGGUGAUCGUAAAUAUAGUGGUAGGGAUAAUGCUGGGGAUGCUAUUCAUAGAGGCUGGUAAUGAGGGCUCCAGGGUGCUGGAGAAUUACAACCUGCUGUUCGCUAUACUGAUGCACCAUAUGAUGUCGCCGAUGAUGCUCACUAUUCUUACAUUCCCUUCGGAAAUGUCAGUUCUGUCUAAAGAGCACUUCAACAGAUGGUACUCGCUGGGAUCAUACUACAUCUCUAUAACGUUAGUGGAUUUACCAAUCUCUAUAAUCUCGUGUCUGAUAUUCAGCGUGAUUGUGUACACGAUGUCAGCGCAGCCUCUAGACAUCGUACGCUUCAGUAUGUUCUUCACUAUCUCGCUGUACAUAGUGCUCGUCGCGCAGAGCUUCGGGCUUAUGAUCGGCGCCGGCGUAGACGUUGUCAACGGCACAUUCUUAGGUCCAACUCUAUCCGUGCCCAUGAUGAUGUUCGCCGGAUUCGGUGUGACGCUGCGGGACCUUCCCUCGUAUCUGUAUUGGGGCUCUUACUUUUCGUACCUGCGCUACGGGCUCGAGGGCUUCGUCGCCGCCAUCUACGGCUUGGACCGGCCCGUGCUCGCGUGCGAAGAGGCGCUCUACUGCCAUUACAGAAACCCGAGCGUGUUCCUGAAUGAAGUGGCGAUGUCUCCGAACAAGUUCUGGUGGGACGUGCUCGCGCUCUCGCUGUACGUGGUCGUGUUCCGGGUAGCCGCCUUCCUGCUGCUCAAGUGGAAACUCACGGCUGUGCGAUAGACUGAUUUCGUAGUACUUUAUUUAUAUACCUAUCAACUAUCAAUAAUGUGUAAAGUAUCGCGCUUUGAACACAUACUACAUGUAUACUAACGGGACUUGUCACGAACCUUGGAUAUGACUAACUGGCCAAUCACAUCAAUCAGAUUUAUCUAGCGGGUUAAUUCUGUCAGAUUACAAUAUGAUAUUUUAUCAGAAAGUGGAGAGACAGGGCCUUAAUGUUGCUGAAGUUUCUUAGACCUUGUCCCUAAGUCCUGUUAGGAUAUAUAUGUAGUAAUGUACACCUAUAAAUUUCCAUAAAUGUGUAUUCACGAAGUUCGGAACGGUGGCGUGGCUGGUGGGAAAAGAAAACCAAACAACACAAUAUUGUAACAAGAUUUUAAAAGUGAUAUAUGACAUAUUCUUACACUUAUUAGGAUUUGUGCAAUGGAUUUAAAUAAAUCACGGAUUCCAACAAAUUUCAACGGACUCCGUUUUCUUGAAAGAAACUUGCCUACGUUUUCAAUUUAUGAUAUUUUAGUAGACUAUCCAAAAUCAAUUCCUUCUCUCCUUUAUAUUUAUUUAGAAUCUUUACAUUAACAAAUGAUAGCAACGUUAUAAUUCUUGGUGAACACACAUUUUCAAUUUUAUACAGGGUUAGCUUAUGUAAUAGCAAUAAGUAAAAGGGAUAAACUAAUAUUUGGACUUUGAUAUAACAUUGUUUUCGUAGUGUUACUGUAUGUAUGUCAAAACAAAAGACGAGCGCGACGGUUUCAGAAAUUAAACUGAAUUAUUUACUACAGCAUAUAACUUACAGGUAUACUUAGUUGCACUCAUGAACCAGUUGCACAACCCGUCCACAAACCUACUUCUUUUUACAUUCCAAACAUUAUCUUGAUUUUAUUUAUAUAUAAAUGCAAAAUUUUUCUGUGAUAUGUCAUUUUAAAACAAUGUUAUGUCUGCUCAUCGAACUAAUUAUUUUUUCUUGAAUUUUAACAUAGGUACGUACUUAUACCAAAAAUGGCAAAACAUGUAAUAUUAAAAUUACUUGUAUGAAGACAAGUUAAAAUUAUAGUUAUUUUAAUGUAGGCUAUUCUAACUGAAAUUAUGUUUUACAUAAGUUUUGUACCUACAUGUAAAGUAGGAAAUGUACACAAAAUAUUUUUGUUAAUUUUAUAAGAGAAGGAAGGCAGGUGGGAAGUUAUAUUUACAUACACUUUCAUUGGAUCGUUUUGCAAAUGGUUAGACGUUCUUGUUGAAUCUUGCCUAUACUUAGUCAUGUUUACACGACUGCCCAAGGAGUGUGAUUGUAGAUAUAAUUUUAAAUGUGGAGCUCAAAAUUGCUCAUUUGAAUUACUAUUUAUUUUUUGUUACAUAUAUAGAAAAUAGAUAAAUAAAUUAGUUUAUAACAGUGAAACUUAUAAAUAAAAUCAUAAAAUGUUAA